UCACACUUUCUUGAGGAGGAGAGAGGCUUAGGGGCCUGGGCAGGCCUGAGGGCACAGAGGAGGGAGUGUUGGAGCUGGGAGUGAUCUAGAAUCAGAUCACUCUGGAAUGGGAGCCGCCAUAGACAUCAGAUGUCCAGGGUCCAGGAUCAGGGGCCUGGGAGACACGGGGAAGGUAGCAUGGCCUCCCUGAGCCUGUCCUUGACCCUGCAGGAGGUGAACUCUGUGUGGGCCACCCAAGAGAUGGACCCCCAGGGAGCCCAGGAGAGGCAGCAGCAGCAGGGUGUCGUCCCCUUCCUGGGCACGUUCCUCAAUCACCUGAAACUGCUGGACAUUGGGAUGGAGGAUGAUCUACAAAAAUACAAAGUCAUUAGGAAGAUCCAGCUGCUCCAGCAGGCUGCAAGUGAAUAUGACCUGAAUCCCGAGGAGCGAUUUGGGGCCUGGUUCCAGGCGAUGGAGCCCCUCAGUGUUGAUGAGAGCUACUGCCUCUCCUGCCGGCUGGAGCCCACACACCAGAAGACGAGCAAAAUGCGGCUCUUCAGGAGAAAGAGGAACCGGACAUCCUCCAGUUCAGGGCCGAUCUGUUUCUUCUCUUCAGCCACCGUGCCCUUGGCAAGGAGCCAUAACCCUCUGGAGACCACAAGUGCAGCUCCUCCUGAGCAGCAGGGCCACUGGGACCCUCGGGGUGCACCGGGUCAGCUCUUCCCCCCCCCACCCCAAGUGAAGGAGGACAUCUGAAGACUUUCCCUGGUUUCCCCUAAAGCCCCAGGCGGAGGGCACGACCCCCCUCCAAAUCCCUGACAUCUGCACCCCAGGGACUGUUUAUCCAUUGAGGAGGAGCAUUAGUAUAUGUUUAAGAGUAAAUAUCAGAUUUGAA